GCGUACUCCUCAUUGUGCUGGGACUACAAGCAAGAAUGACGUCGCACUCCAGUAUCUUGCUGGCAACUAUUGCCAUUUUCACCUUGCAGGUUAGGGCUGGAACUCGCGGAGGGAUGCGAUUAUCCAGAACUGAGAAGCGACCUGCAAAGAUACCAAAAUCCCUCCCACUGCUAUCCCCGUAAUGGCAAGUGGGUCAUGGUGAAGAGAAACUACCCCGUCGAUCCAUACUACGGUGGAGACGCUAGAUGUGUGCUGUACGAGAGAAUUGGACCGUUCAGGAACUUCACCAUCCCAGCCCGAUUCUCAUGGUGCCAGGAUGGAUCCGGACGUGGAUGUGGAUCAGUGGUUGGCAGUUACGUUCUCUCUGCGUUACCAGGAUACUGGGCAAGAAACUUGUACACCUUUUAUCCGAACAAUGGUCCCGCGGCGUGGCAGCAGCAUGCGAUCUACAAAGAUUGCAGCACUUGCUAUAUCGGACGCUAUCGUUACGCCCUUAACGGAUAUGGUUGUGCGAUGUGGCGUCGAACGUCGCACCUGCACAAGCGCGCCGACUACUGUGACUUCAUCUUCAACAUAUUCUGCGGUGGAGUUCCCAAGUACCAAGUGUUCGAGCCGUCGUGCACUCGUCUCUUUGGAGGAGGCUAUGGAGGUGGCUUUGGAGGAGGUCUUGGAGCGGGUCUUGGAGGAGGCCUAGGAGGCCUUGGAGGCCUAGGAGGAGGCCUUGAUGGAGGCUCUGGAGGAGGUCUUGGAGGAGGACUGGGCUCCAAGGGCGGGCACAUGUGGAAGUAAUUCGUACUUGACGAGCGGUUAAUUUUUGCAUUCACGAUAGAUCUUAUGGCUGCUGUAGCACUCGCUUAAAUAAAUUUGUGGCCCUCUCAUAUUUUCAUAUAAUUCUGUGAAUUUAUUAGCGCGGUGUUCAUUUGUUAUUCGUUAAACCAAAUAAACAUUUAUUAAGC